CGGCAAGUUGGGACUCGUGUCUUGGGGAUAAAUCCGACAUUGUCAACUAACCCAGAUUGUGCCAUAGAAAGAAGGACUUGGGAGGAAGUGCUGCUCACCUGAGUAACACCUGCAGGGGGGGGAGGGCAACAAGGUGGGUGGAGCUUCACCUUACCAACUCUUUUUUCCUCAGGAAACAACGCUGCCAACAUGAGUCGCCGCCUGCCACAGGAGGAGUUGACCCAAGCAGACAUCUGUGGGAUGCUCCGUGAAGAGCUGUGCAAGGGAAAUGACUUCCUCAAGUCAGACACCCACAUCUUCAUCAUCUUGGGGGCUUCGGGUGAUCUAGCCAAGAAGAAAAUCUACCCAACCAUCUGGUGGCUGUACCGUGAUGGGCUGCUUCCCGAUGACACCCAUGUGGUGGGUUAUGCCCGGUCCCAACUCACCGUCGCUGAUAUCCGCAAACAGAGUCAGCCUUACCUCAAGGCCAGCCCUGAAGAAGCACAGAAGUUGGAUGACUUUUUCGCCUGUAACACAUACGUCACUGGAAAGUACGAUGACCAGCCCUCCUUUGAGAAGCUCAAUGCUCACCUGAACGCCCUUCACAAUGGUGAAAAGGCAAACCGGCUCUUCUACUUGGCUCUGCCACCUAGUGUCUAUGAGGAUGUCACCGCUAACAUCCGGAACACCUGCAUGAGCACUAUUGGCUGGAAUCGUGUGAUUGUGGAGAAACCUUUUGGCAAGGACUUGGAGAGCUCCAACAAGCUGUCAGAUCAUAUCUCAACACUUUUUACAGAAGAUCAGAUCUACCGCAUUGACCACUACCUGGGCAAGGAGAUGGUGCAGAACCUGAUGGUGCUCAGGUUUGGGAACCGGAUCUUUGGCCCUAUCUGGAACCGUGACAAUGUGGCUUGUGUUAUUCUGACCUUCAAAGAGCCAUUUGGCACAGAGGGCCGGGGCGGCUACUUUGACGAAUUUGGCAUUAUCCGGGAUGUAAUGCAGAAUCACCUUCUCCAGAUGCUCUGCCUGGUAGCUAUGGAGAAACCGACCUCUACUAAUUCCAAUGAUGUCCGUGAUGAAAAGGUGAAGGUCCUGAAGUGCAUCUCAGAGGCGAAAUCUGACAAUGUGGUUCUUGGUCAGUACGUGGGGAAUCCAGAGGGCAAAGGGGAGGCUCUGAAAGGCUACCUGGAUGACUCCACUGUCCCAGCCGGCUCCACCACUCCCACCUUUGCUGCUGCUGUGCUCUACGUGGACAAUGAGAGGUGGGAUGGGGUACCAUUCAUCUUGCGCUGUGGCAAGGCGCUAAAUGAGCGCAAGGCAGAAGUGCGGCUGCAGUUCCGGGAAGUGCCCGGCGACAUCUUCCAACGCCAGUGCAAGCGCAAUGAACUGGUGAUUCGUGUGCAGCCCAAUGAGGCUGUCUAUACCAAGAUGAUGACCAAGAAACCGGGCAUGUUCUUCAACCCAGAAGAAUCUGAGCUAGACCUCACCUAUGGCAACCGUUACAAGGAUGUGAAGCUCCCAGAUGCUUAUGAGCGCCUCAUCUUGGAUGUUUUCUGCGGAAGCCAGAUGCAUUUUGUGCGCAGCGACGAGCUGCGUGAGGCCUGGCGCAUUUUCACUCCAUUGCUCCACAAGAUCGAGGCAGAGAAACCCAAACCGGUUCCUUAUCGCUAUGGCAGCCGAGGCCCUGCAGAGGCGGAUGAACUGAUGAAGAAGGUUGGGUUCCAGUAUGAAGGCACCUACCGCUGGGUCAAUCCUCACAAGCUGUGAAUGCCGCCUGACUGUCUUCGCUUGGAGUGGUGACAGCUGCUCUGCUCCGCUCCCCUCUGUAGAAGUUGAGCUGGUCGGGUUGGGCGAAGGGCUCCCCUGAAGACUGCAUCUGAAAAGUGGUUGUCUUGUCCUAGCAACAUCUGCUGGGUGCAGGCAGCAGUACACUCCCCCCAGCAUCACCUGGGCUUCGCCGUGGGCUCAGCAAUCGCCUCCCAUCGUCCUCGCUGCGGACCUUGCUGAGCAGGUGCCUCCGUAGCUCAGCUCCUUCUAUAGCACUCGCAACUGAUGGACUAGAUGUCCCAUUCCAACCUCCGCUCCUCAAUGGGGAAGCCUCUCACGAUGGGGAGAGGCUACCGGGGGUUUCUUCUCACCCCCUCCCCCAUCUACAUAUGCUGCUUUGUCAAUUGCACUAGCUCUACUUUUGCUGCAUUACUGUUACAUUCCUGCUCAAUCUGCUUAUGGGUUUUGUAUAUGAUGGUGUUCUGUAAAUUAUUACAGACGUUAUUACAAAGAGA